UAGCGUGGACAUUUCGAAUGCAACAAGUGGACAUGAGGUGGACAAUGUCCACAUGAAAAGAAGUCACUGCACGUGCCUUCGCGACAUUCUAGUCCGACACUCCACCUCAAGGGUGGACGGCAGCUCUCCACAAACAUCUCCAGCUCUUGUCGGUGCAGUCAAAAUGUCCAGUCAUAUGCAAUUCCACCUAAUGUUUCGGUCGGGAAUCCAGACAGGUCCCAUUUCUGCUCUCCAGCGUUUUAUGCCUCUACCACCUUGAGUUCUGCAAGUUAUCGCAAUGGCUGGAAGUCGUGAGCAACACACAGGGCAGAGAACCCCUCGAAAAUGGACUGUCACUGGAGAUGUCAAGGUCGAUGGAGACUUCGAACUUUCCAAUGGAACGGAGGAGCAGUCAGAGAUCUUAUUUGACUACGAACGUGCUGAAGGAGGAAUUCCAUUCAUUGAAACCAGCAAGGUGAUCAGCAAUGGAGAGGAUGUUCAAGUCGAGAUUGUAUUCAGCGAGACAUAUGCGGGGCUGCAUAGCGAGACGGGAGAUGGCCCAUUCUUGCUCUUCUCGAAUGCUAUGGACACCUACAGAGUACAUACUCAGACCUUCAAGCCUUCCACAACCUCAAGCAGAAUUCAGUUACCGUUCGCACAACGAUCCCAAAGAUACCAGAAAGUAAUUCUAAAGACGCCAAACUCUGCCAUCACGAUAUCGUCAAUUGGCUACAUCCACGUCCGCCCACCAAAUCCUACCAUCAGCACAUUCAACUGCUCGAACGAGAAGUUAAACAAAAUAUGGCGAGAUGGGGUUAGAACAGUGGACAUGUGCACAGUGGAAGCAGGUGAAACUGCCGAAGCUUGGGAAAUUACAGAAGAGGGGACAAGAAUACUCGGUCAACACUGGGCUCCUUGUCGACAAGGAACUCGAUGGGGUGAUAUGAAAGCGGAAUUUGAAGUGAAGAUUGAGAGAGGAGGAGCAGGCUGGGGAGUUCAUAUGGUGGCCAAUGGAUUAAUAUUCUGUUUGGAUGUUGCCAAAAGGUCUCUUGGUGCUUUCGAAGGGCUUUCGGAUAUCAAUGGAGUAUUUCCAUCAAUACCUCGAGGAAUAUGGGACAUUGGGCCUGACAUUGAUUGCAGUGGAUGGUUGAAGAUUGUCACUAUUGCUCGAGGAGACUCGGUCCUUGUGGAAAUCAAUGGCAUUGAGGUCGCUUCGUUAAGUGGUCUUGACGUUCAUCCGAUUCUUGGUGGCAGUGGAAACAAUACUGGUUCCAUAGCAUUCGGUGGUCCUCAGGGUUAUAUCUCGCUUUAUCGAGCACUGAAGGUUUCGAACGACGAGCAGGUGCUUUAUCAGAACUCACUACAGCUUCAAGACAAAGACCGAACAUUGGCCGACUUCGCCGUGGGUACGAAUGCUCUUGCAUGUACCAUCGAUGGUGCCAAACGGGACCGAGCUUGCUUUGGUGGAGAUCUUUUCGUUAUGGGACGCUCAAUAUGCUACUCGACUGGCAAUUUGAAUGCAAUAUUAGGAAGUAUCAAGCUUCUCACGAGUCACCAAACAGCAGAUGGAUAUCUUGGAAACUUGUGUCCCAUACAAGCACCAAUGCACGAAGAUACUUGCGAACCUCCAACAUAUGCUUUCUAUUCUCUAAGCUACGCUCUUCUUUUGAUCGUCGCUAUCAAGGACUACUGGAUGCAUUCUGGUGACAAUGCUACUAUUGGAUUUAUCUGGCCGAGAUUGGAGAAGUUGUUGUCCUUUACAGAAAAGUUCAUUGACGAGAGAGGUCUAGUCGUUGCUCCUCCACCUCUGUCAAUGGAUUGGUUUCCAAUGGGCGGACCUAUCUUCGGAGCUUCUGGAAAAAUCAAUCUCGCUUUCUAUGAUGCUCUGAGAUCGAUGAGCAGCAUGUCAACGUUUCUCAGCAUCAAAGACACUUUCUUGGACCAAGCAGCGACACUCAAAGAGAGCAUCAUCCACCAUCUCUGGAAUUCUGAGGCUGGUAUCAUGCGUAUGAGCGAUCUGGCUUCUCCAACUGGCAUAUGCCAAGACAUCAAUGCCUACGCCAUUACAACCGGUGUUUCGCCUGCUCACGCCUCCUCAAUCACCACACUUUCAGCCCCAUUCGAUGGCACUCUCCCACUCGCAUUUCAAGGCAUUGAACGUUGGGAUCAAAAGAAAGUCGUUAGCCCCUAUGCUUCGGGGUUCGCCGUAGAAGCAUUGUUCGAACGUGACCAAGGAACAUCUGCCAUUGAACUCCUUGAGAGGGUGUGGGGAGUGAUGUCUGAUCAGUCAAGUCCAAACUAUUCCGGUGGUCACUGGGAAGCCAUGAAAGCUGACGGUACCCCAAUCACGGAUGAUACAUCUUUAAUGCAUGGAUGGUCUACUUGGCCAGUGUAUCUUCUGCCUAGAUAUUUGGCUGGUCUUCAACCUUUGGAACCAGGGUGGAUUCGUUGGAGAGUUAAACCUGUGUUGGCGGGAUCGGAAAGAGUAGAUGUGGGUUUGUCGACUCCUGCAGGCAACGUGAAAGUUAGCAUGGAGCUACGAGAGACUAUGGGUACUGGAAGCAUUGUUUUGGGUAUUCCUCUGGGGUCAACAGCUGAGGUGUUUGCUCCGGAAGGUUGGAUCAUCGUGACGUCCGAAAAGAUAUCCGAUGCUAGCCUUCUGGCAUCUCAGACGAUUCGUGGACAGGAAGAGGAAGUUACGAUAAGGAUUUGUCGAAUCGGUAGUGCCUCUCAGCCCUCUACGGAUUCAGAAAAGGAUACGAUUCAUGAGCAGACGGAGGAGAUCUUGGUACCUGCUAAGUCCCGAGCUGGGGCUUGGAGACCAGUUCGUCGACUUCUUCAAUGGUUCAUGUAGAAUAGAAUAGACUCAAUCAAUCUGGAUCAAAUCCGCUCCGACAUGACAUUGUUUGAAUUGACCCUUAGUCCAGC